AUGGAAACAAAUAAUAAUAGUACUAUCAUUGAAGAUUUCGAUUUUGAUAUAGACUUUUCAACAGAAAUAAUAAAUAGCAACAAUAACAAUAACAAUAACAAUAAUAAUAUAAAUAAUAAUAUAAAUAAUAAUAUAAAUAAUAAAAAUACAGCAUUACCUCUAACAAAUAUAUCACCACCAAAAAAUGUGUCGACACAUAUGAAUAGUGGUCUUACAUUGAGACCAUCACUUCCAGUGAAGGCAGCUGCCUCUUCUUCACCCACUGUUAAUGGUGGUUCAAUAUCAACAGCGCCACCACCUUCAUCAUCAUCAUCUAUUCCCUCUCCAUCUGUACAGUCAACAAUAAAUACUAAUACCAAUAAACCAAUACUGAGCAAUAAUCAUUUAGCACCAUUGAGACCUUCAUUACCUCAAAAACCAUUACAACCAUCAAUACCUCAAAGAUCAACAUCAUUACAGCCAUCAUUACCUCAAAAACCACAAAAUAAUUUAGUUCCAUCACAGAAUGCACAACAACAUCAACAACAACAACAACGACCAAUACCAUCAAUUUUAGCAAAACCACAACCAUUACAACAACAACAACAAUCAUUUUUAAAUCAAAACCAAAAUAAUAAUAAUAAUUUACCAACACAAUCAAAUAUUUUAGCAAUUAUGCAAACUCAAUUUAAUAUUAAAAAAGAAUUAUUAUUUCAAUUAAUUACACCAGAGCAAUUUUCAUGUGCGGACCCACAAAAUACAGUACUUAGAGAUAUCUUUAGUAGUAUACCAGAUGCUUAUUGUGAUGAAUAUGAUAUUGGUAAUUGGUGGAUAUUUAAUGUUGAGCAUCACGCAUUAUUAGUUUCAAAACUUAGAGCAUUACGUCAAUCACAAUUAAAUAUAAUUUGUUUACCAAAUCAUAUUGUAAAUCAGUUUUGUAAUAAAAAAACAACAACUACUACAACUACAACCAUAAAUACUGCAACAACUAAUACAUCAUUUAAUAAUAAUAAUAAAAAUUUAAAUAUAAACUUUUCAGAAUUACCAUCAACAUUAUUACCAUUUCAAAUUAAAGGUAUUGAAUUUGGUAUUGAAAAAGGAGGUAGAUGUUUAAUUGCAGAUGAUAUGGGUUUAGGUAAAACUAUACAAGGUAUUUCAAUUGCAUAUCAUUAUAAAGAGGAAUGGCCAUUAUUAAUUAUAGCACCAUCAUCACUUCGUUUAGUUUGGGCAGACCAAAUUGAAAAGUUUUUUCCAAAUAAAAUUCAAUCAUCAGAAAUAAAUUUAGUAAUGAAUGGUAAAUGUGGUUUAAAUGGUAUGAUCAAUAUCAUUAGUUAUGAUUUAGUCACUAAAAAGAAGGAUCAAAUUUUACAAAAGAAUUUUAAAGUUGUCAUAGCUGAUGAAUGUCAUUAUAUCAAACAAUUUAAUUCACAACGUUCAAAAUCAACAGCUGAAGUAUUGAAAAGAUCAAAACGUUGUAUACUACUAUCUGGUACACCUGCAUUAUCCAGACCAAUGGAGCUAUUCAUUCAGAUAUCUUGUAUCAAUCCAUACUUUAUGCAAUGGAGGGACUAUGCAUUCAGAUAUUGUGCUGCCUUUCAAGAGAAAUUCUGUUUCAAUACUUCAGGUUGUUCCAAUAUGAAAGAGUUAAAUCUUUACUUGAAUACAUUUAUGAUUAGACGUUUAAAAGAUGAUGUAAUGACAGAGUUACCCGAAAAGAGAAGAGAAAGAAUUUUGGUAAAAUUGGAUAAGACAAAGUUAAAAGAAGUUCAAAAAACAUUGGUAGAGAUUAAUCAACAUAGAAAAGUAUAUCUUGAUCCAAAUACCGAUAUGAAAACUUCAUUCAAAAAUAAAAACUCAAGACAAGGUCUAUUCUUUAAAUUACUUCGUGAUACAGGUUUAUAUAAAUUGACAGCGGUCACUCAAUUUCUAAAGGAGAAGUUAGUUGAUGCACCAAUUGAUCAAAAGUUUUUAAUAUUUGCACAUCAUAAAGAAGUGAUCAAUGGUAUAGUUCAUAUGUUAGGUAAGAUCAAGGUUGAUAAAAAGAAAUUAGAAUUUAUUAAAAUCGAUGGUUCAACACCCGCUCAAAAUCGUAAUGACUAUGUUAAUGAUUUUCAAAAUGAUCCAAAUUGUAGGGUGGCUGUAUUAAGUAUUACUGCCGCUGGUACUGGUUUGACAUUAACCGCUGCCACUUGUGUAAUAUUUGCAGAGUUAUCAUGGACACCUGGUGUUUUAUUUCAAGCAGAGGAUAGAGCUCAUCGUUAUGGUCAAACCUCUUCGGUUUUAGUUCAAUAUUUAAUAGCAUUAGGUACAGUGGAUGAAAUGAUUUGGUCAUUAGUGGAAUCAAAGAAAACUCUAUUGGGCAGAGUUUUAGAUGAUGAAGACGGUCAAUCUUUAAAUGCUGAAGAUGCUGGUCAAUUAGAACAUGGUGAACAAAGUGUAGAUGAUUUCAUAGAUUCAUUAAUUAAAAAAGUAGAGGAACAAGAUCAAAUUAGAAAAAAAAAAUAUGAUGAUAAACAAAGAAGAAAAGAAGAGAAAUUAUUAAAACUUCAAUUAAAGAAUGGUAGUGGUGGUGGUGGUGGAGAAGAAGAUGAUAAUAGCGAUUUAGAUAAUUCUGAUGACGAUGAAGAUGAUGAAUAUGAUAAUGAUGACGAAGAUGGUAUUGAUGAAGAUGAUAUUUCAGAUGCAAUUUAUGAUGGAUCAAAUUUUGAAGAUGAAAUGAUGUCAUCAAAAAAUAAACCCAAAACCUCAAAGAAACCAGCUGCUUUAAAAUCUUCAAAAGCUGCUGCUUCUACUGUUGCUUCUUCAAAAUCAACAACUGUAAAAAAAACAAAAGAUAAAGAUACAACUAACCCAACAAAACCAUCUCCAUCAAAAGUAACCAAAAAAAAAGCAACCACCACAACAACAACAACAACAACAACUUCAUCACCUAAAACUACACCAAAUAAACCUCCAAAAAAGAAUCAAAUCCCUGUUGACUUUGAUGAAGAAUUUGAAGAUUUAUGUUAUGUUGACCUUGAUCAAUUUAAAACUUCAAAUCAACAAUCUGAUGGUUUAGAUGAUUUUCUCUUCCAACCAAAAGAUUAA